CACCUGUAGAAGGGCACAACAGAUUCCUCUACACUUGGGAGAGGAGGUGAAGCUCAUUCAUAAGUAAAUACUGCACACCCUGCAACGCAAUAUACGCUACUGAAACUUCUCUCUCUCUGUCUCUCCCUCAAUUAUAUAUACGCACAUAGGCAAAAAGAUAGUAUUUUUAGACAGGAAAAUCCAAGAAAAUGAUGUGGGAAGCUGGAGGAUCAACAGCAUCAUCGUCAGCAGCUGGAGGAGCCGGUGGAAGCGGGAGCGGGGAUGGUGGCGGAGCUGGGAGGAGGAAGCCAUCUUGGAGGGAGAGGGAGAACAACAGGAGGAGGGAGAGGCGGAGGAGAGCUAUAGCUGCCAAGAUUUAUGCAGGUUUAAGGGCGCAGGGUAAUUACAAUUUGCCUAAGCACUGUGACAACAAUGAAGUCUUGAAAGCUCUCUGUGCUGAGGCUGGUUGGGUUGUUGAGCCUGAUGGGACUACUUAUCGCAAGGUGGGAUGCAAGCCAAUCCCAAUGGAAAUAGGAGGCACUUCGACUAAUAUUACCCCGAGCUCUUCCAGAAAUCCAAGCCCACCAUCUUCCUAUUUUGCCAGUCCAAUUCCUUCAUAUCAACCAAGUCCAUCAUCCUCUUCCUUCCCCAGUCCGUCCCGUCAUGAUGGCAAUGGGCCGCCACACCCAUUCGGUUUCCUCCUUAACUCGAUCCCUUCGUCUCUCCCACCUCUCCGGAUAUCUAAUAGUGCCCCUGUUACCCCACCUCUCUCGUCCCCAACAAGACUUCCCAAGCAAACUUUUAACUUGGAGACACUUGCCAAAGAAUCCAUGUUUGCCUUGAAUAUCCCUUUCUUUGCUGCUUCUGCCCCAGCAAGCCCGACUCGUGUUCAGCGUUUUACACCAGCUACUAUACCAGAAUGUGAUGAGUCUGACACGUCUACCGUUGAUUCGGGCCGGUGGAUGAACUUCCAAGCCUAUGCAAAUGCAGCCAACAUGGUUCCAACUUCUCCGACUUUUAAUCUUGUGAAACCUGUUGCUCAGCUUGUUCCAUCAAAGGAUGCACCGGUGGAUAAGGGCAAAGGUACAGAAUUUGACUUUGAGAAUAUGGCCGUGAAGCCAUGGGAAGGGGAGAGAAUUCAUGAGGUCGGAAUGGAUGAUCUUGAGCUCACACUAGGUAGUGGGAACACUCGUGUUUGAUUCACUGAUCCAAACCUUUACAGAUAUGCUGUGCGUUUGUGGAUUUAGCUACAUGCCAAAGCACCGGUUUUCUAGAGAAGUACCAAAAUUUCUGUUGAAAGGAUAUUGAGAUAGAAGUCGGUCCAUCACUGAUUUUGGAGCUUGAAUCAAUUUCUGUUUUUAGGUCGGAUCAUUUAUUUAUUCAGUUGUUUUGUUACCUUCUUUUUUUCUUUUUCGAUUUUUCACUUUUUUAGUUGUUGUUGGCCCCAUUUUAAAUUGUUUUGGGGUCUAUUUACAAGCAUUACAUGUAGAUAUUUCUUCAUUUUUUAUUCCCAUUGUGAUCAAGAAGAUUAUGUUCUUGAUUACUCUAGACGAGUGGGAGUUUAUCCGCAUGUGAGCUAUUCAAUGUUUCUUCUUCAUUGAAGAUUAUCUUAUUUAAUAUUAAUUAUACUACUUUUCUUACAGUUCAA